UGCACAUGCCUGGAAGAGGGUUGCCUGAUACACGAUUUCAUUCCGAGUGUUGUUAAAUUUCGGAGGCUGGAUUUUUUUUACCAGGAACAUCCGUACUACCUCGAUGGUCGACUGCUCUUCCUCAUCCUGGCCCAGUUUUGGCUAGCCGCUAGUUUCUUACUUCGAAAACAUCAUGCUAGACCGGUUUGUGUUCAGAGAGACGAAACCUUUGAGGUCAUCGGAACUUCAUAUGCCCCGAGCAAUCUCUGAAGCUACUUUCACGAUGGCUCUUUUCAUCGAUGGUGUAUAGCGUCGCUUUUGGUUCGAUCAUUUAUGAUGGGCCUCGUGUCGCGGAGUCAUUAUUUGACGAGCACAUUCCUCAGCCGAUUAAAGUUAGCACCCUUGCUGCAGAUCCCAAUGUGACAGUUAUCUCGUGGAUUGCGACUCAGGACAUGGUAUUCGCACACUUUGCGUACUCUGAGUUAGCAGAGUUGGCUUCGGACGAAUUUUCGGCAGGGAGCGCCCGUAGGACAGCCCUAUUUGGUAACCAAAAUAUAGCCUGA